CUCGUUUCCACCCUUAACGUCCAAUUAUUUUUCCUAAAUCUCUGUCUGUAAAGAAGAAGAGAAUUGAGGUCAUAAUGUGAUGGAGAAUGAGACAGAUCAACAAUUGAGAAGUCCCUCAGCUUAUAAAUAUCCCUUUCCUCCACCGUAGCAACAUCCACAGCAGCUCUAUCUCUCUUCGAUCUCUCUUGUAAUGCUCCUAAAUCAACCUCUCUUUGUGGUUUAGGAUCUACACUGCUCCUGUUCCUCUACUGUGAUUCCCCUUGCCUUCUAUUUUGUUGCAAUUAUAAUUGCAUAAAAAUUCCUAUUUUCUUGUAAGAGAGACCAAAAAAAACAGAGCUUACUUGAGAUUAGCCGAGCAGAAGUAUUGCCGGAAAUCAUGGAUGGUAUGCAAGAAACCCUAGCGCCGGGGGAAAUUCCCAGCGAGAUUAGCGCUGCCUUAUCGAAGAUCCUCCUGUCGGGGACGAACGCCCUUGACUCCAUAUUCUCCCACUUUCCGCCGCCGCUCACGGAGACCAGGUCGCCGGCGAUCCCGCAUCUCGGCUCAUCCGUAUACCUCCAGCAAACGGAGCUUCUGCGGCAGUUCGGCACCGGCUACCACACGCGCACCGCCCCGUCGAUCUACAACCACGCCGCGACCGCGAUGGUUUCUGAGGAGAUUGGGAAGAAGAAGCUCUACCGGGGGGUGCGGCAGCGGCAAUGGGGGAAGUGGGUGGCGGAGAUCCGUCUGCCGCAGAACCGGAUGCGGAUCUGGCUCGGCACCUACGACUCCCCCGAGUCGGCGGCGUACGCCUACGACAGGGCCGCCUACAAGCUCCGCGGCGAGUACGCGCGCCUCAACUUCCCCGACCUGCGCGACGCCGGGGACUACCCCGAGCGAUUAAAGGCGCUACGCUCCGCCGUCGACUCCAAGAUCCAGGCCAUAUGCCAGCGCCUCAGAAGGCGGCGUAAGGCAAGGCGACCGGACGACACGGAGAACAAGAGGGUCGCGGAGAAGUCAUCGACGGCGACCGCGGAGAAGAAGAGCGACGUCAUUGAAACGGCGUCAGUGCUGGCGCCGGCUUCGCAGACGUCGUCUUCGGCGCCGGCUUCGCAGACGUCUUCUUCGGCGCCGGCUUCGCAUACGUCGUCUUCGGCGCCGGCUUCGCAUACGUCGUCUUCGGCGUCGGCUUCGUGGGAGAGCGAAGCGGACGGCGAGUGUUGGCUGGCGAGGAUGCCAUCGUACGAUCCAGAAUUAAUCUGGGAGGUGCUCGCUAAUUGAUGUAAUCUUCAGAACUAAUAUCACGAUGAGUAUACCAAUACACAACUAUACAAGAAAGUGAUUAAUAAUUAAUCAGAGCUUUUACAAUCGAUCCUUGGCCUGCCUCUGGAUCAAUAUGAUUUUAAAUCUAUGUGCAAUAUGAUUUUAAUUAUCAAUUAA